CACGCAGAGGGAGAGAGAUGGAAAUGAUGGAGGAUGUGGUGAUAGUUGGAGCAGGAAUUGCAGGGUUGGCAACAGCAGUGGCUUUGAAAAGAGUAGGGGUUUGAGCCCUGGUGUUAGAGAGAUCAGAAGGGCUAAGAGCCACAGGUGCAGCGUUGACCCUAACUCCAAAUGCUUGGCUUGCCCUUGUUGCUCUUGGUGUUUCUCACAACCUCGCCCCCAUUUGUGCUCCUUCAUUGAAGGGAUAUGUAACCAAUGUUAGUACUGGAGAUGCUCAACAAGUCCUGGGGGAUCAUAUUUGGAAAGCUAAGCACAGGAAAUGUGACAGUAGCUGGCGAUGCUAUGCACCCCAUGACUCCUGACCUAGGACAAGGCGGUGGUUCAUCACUAGAAGAUGCUGUGGUAUUGGGCAGACACAUUGGCAAUUCAGUUAUAAACAAUGGAGGGCUGAUUGUUCCAGGAGACAUGGCUAAAGCCAUAGAUGAUUAUGUGAAGGAAAGGAGGUGGCGUGCUGCUUUUCUUGUCACAGGAUCAUAUUUAGCAGGAUGGGUGCAGCUCGGUGGAGAUAAAUGGUGGAUGAAAUUCUUAAGGGAUGGAAUAUUUUACAAGUAUCUUUUUGGCAGGACUUCUGGACUUGUGCAUAAAGCUUGUGGCAAACUUCCGGCUAUGUCCUUCGGUGAUAUGGAUCACUCAAGUAAGAAGGACUAGAUUCAAUUUUGGAAUAUAGAUUCUGCAGAUGAGUGGUUUCAGACAAUGGCUCACAAUUACUAGUUAACCAGUCUUUUAAAUUCGAAACAAAUAAAUUAUAAUA